UCUUACUUUUUAAACACAACACACACACACACACGCAGACACGCACACACACUUGGUGUCUGUGGCGUGGGACACCCAGGCGGCCAGCAUGGAAGCUAAGCAGGCGGAGGAGCAGUCGGCGUCCGUGCUCGGGUCUUUAGAGCCGGAGAGUCAGAGGGACAUGACUCAAAAGAAGAGCAAGCGGUGUAAAAUCAUCUCUGGGGCUCUAAUCCUCUGCUUACUGAUCCUCAUCCUUACACUGGCCUUCUCCCUGAGCAACGGCAGCAGUAAGAAAGGUGACGGUGAGCUCUGGCUGCAGUAUGAAGCGACAGCGGGAAGUGAACAGCCACAGUGUCCAUCAAGUUUCCCAAGGUCCCCCCUCAUCCUGGUGUCCUUGGAUGGUUUUCGUGCGGGAUAUCUGAAAGAUCACAUCAGCCACAUACCCGUUAUUGCCAAAUUGCGAGCCUUGGGUACAAGCACGCCACAUAUAAGGCCUAUGUAUCCCACAAAGACCUUUCCUAACCACUACAGCAUCGUCACUGGCCUUUACCCGGAAUCUCACGGCAUUGUUGACAACAAGAUGUACGACGUGAACCAGAAUGCAUUCUUCAGCUUAAAAACCGAGGGGAAGUUCAACUCCAAAUGGUACCAGGGGGAACCAGUUUGGAUCACCGCCAUGCGUCACAAAUUAAAAACCGGAACUUUCUUCUGGCCCGGCUCUGACGUAGAAAUCAACGGGAGUUUCCCGGAUUUCUACAAAGUGUAUGAUAGAAGCACCCCGUUCGAGGCCAGAGUGUCAACGCUGCUUGAGUGGCUGGAUUUAGCACAAAGCAAACGGCCUGACUUUUACACUUUGUACCUGGAAGAGCCUGACUCAGCAGGACAUCGCUACGGACCAGCAAGCAGCCAGGUCGUCGAUGCCCUAAAGAACGUGGACCGGAUUAUGGGGAUGCUAAUAGAUGGCCUGAUACAAAGAAACCUGCUCCACUGUGUCAACAUUAUGAUCGUAUCGGAUCACGGCAUGGAAGAAGCAUCGUGUGAAAGGGCAGCGUUCGUGUCGGAGUACCAGGACAACACUGCCGACUUCACUGUCAUCCAAGGGCCAGCUGCCCGUAUCAGACCCAGCCGCCUGCCGGACGACUUUUUUUCCUUUGACUACGAGGGCCUGGUGAAGAACCUGUCGUGCAAGACCCGCGAGCAGCCAAUGAGGCCCUAUCUUAAAGAGCACCUCCCCAAACGGCUACAUUUUGCCAACAACGUGAGAAUCGAGCGAGGCCAGUUCUACAUGAAAGAAGGCUGGCAGGCGGCGCUAAACAGGCAGGAAAUGAAGUACUGCACGGGCGGGUUCCAUGGCUCAGAUAACCUCUUCAACAACAUGCAGGCAAUCUUCAUGGGUCAUGGUCCAGGAUUUAAAAGCGAGACUGUUGUGCCUCCUUUUGAGAACAUUGAACUUUAUAACCUCAUGUGUGAUCUUCUGGGUGUUCCUCCUGCUCCAAACAACGGUACGCACGGGAGUCUGAACCACCUGCUGAAGCACCCAGUCCACUUCCCCGUCCACCCUGCACAGCUGUCACAUGACGUCCCCUGUCAGACCAGCGACCUUCUGCCCACCGUCGACCUGAAUUGCACCUGCGAGGCCAGAACCACAGAUGACGAGAAACAGUUCAACAGAUUCUUGAUGGCUUCAAGUGAUGAUAAAGCUACUUUACGCCACCUCCACCAUCCUUUCGGCGUCCCGAGUGUGGUGCUAGCAGACUCCACCUUCUGUCUGCUCCACCAGUCCGACUACAUCAUCGGAUACAGCCAGGACCGUCACAUGGCUCUUUGGGUGUCUUACACCCUCCCGCGUGUGGUCAAAAUACUAGACGUGACCCCGUCGAUGGAGGCGUGUGUUCGCAUUGAUGUCCGCAUACCAGCGGCCACCAGCCAGACGUGUGACAACGCUUUCGGGUUUCUGCAUCUGCCGAGGGUGAGCAGUGACAAAGGAAUGACGGACUCCCUCAUCACAAGCAACAUGGUGCCCAUGUUCCCCACAUUUAAAGAUGUUUGGAACUAUUUCCAUGUUUCCACGCUUCCCAAAUAUGCAAAGCAGGUGGGCACGCUCAACGUCAUGAGUGGUCCCAUAUUUGACGAGGACUACGAUGGAAAAGUCGACGCCUACAAGACUUCGGCGCCGAACGAGGUCCGCAUCCCCACACAUUUCUUUAUCAUCUUGACCAGCUGCGACAAUUCCACUUCGGACUGCAAAGGUCCUCUUCAGGUUCGCUCCUUCAUCCUGCCGCACAGAGCCGAUAACUCCGAGAGCUGCCCUGACCAGAAUGUAGGUUGGGAGGAUGACUGGCUGUGGCUGCACACCGCCCGCGUGCGCGACAUCGAACUGCUGACUGGGCUGAGCUUCUACCACGACAGGUUGUCCGUGGAAGAGACGCUACAGCUUAAAACUUUUUUACACAAUGCUUGAACUAACUGCAGAUGGGCAUAGUAAAAAACAACAAAACCAAAAUUUCUGGCAUUAUUGCACUUAUUUUUGUUUUUGAUUAGUGUUUUUUUAAGCAUAUUUUUAAAGAUUUAGGAAAAGAGGAACUGAUACAAUCAAAUACUGCAGCAGCAGGAUUGUAUAUGGACACAUUAUUGCCAUUCUAUAUCAUUUGUAUAUAUUUUUGAUACAAUAUUGAUUUUAGUCCUCUGUAAUUGCACAUGUGUAGACCUUGGAAUGUAGUGUUUUGGUCUGGACUGGUGUAAUGGCACACUUUCCUUAAAAUUCGGUCCGCAUAAUAGAGAUUGACUAUUUUUUUUCUUCCAGGGCCGAUACUGAUUUAGUGGUCAAGGAGGUCGAUAUUGCAUUAAAAGUUAUUUAAAGAUGA